GUUAUCUACCUUUAAUAUUUACAAACUCAAUGGUACUCCAUCUGUUGAUGUCAGAUAUGUUUAUUUUGUGACACAUAUGAGUAAUUUAGGAAGUGACACUGAUGAUAGAGAGAAAGAUUUGAGAUGGAGGAAGAAACAGAGGAAGAAAAACUUGGAUGACAGUGACUCCUUACGUGAAAAAUACAUAUCGGAAGGGAGAGUCUGUUACACUGCCAGUGACACCAGCAGCAGUGAAAGUCCCGACACACUGACUCCGAAGAACGGCAAUGGUGAUCUGGAUAAGGGGACAUUUUGGUUGACACGGAUUGUCAUUUUAAGAUCUUUUGGGUUCGUUUACUUCAUUGCUUUCCUUGUGGCCUUGGAUCAGAAUAAACAGCUGAUUGGAAUAAAUGGCCUCCUACCUGCCAACCAGUAUAUUAAUGACAUUGAGAAAAAGACAGAUGGAAUUAACAGGGAGGCAUUUAACACAUGUCCAAGUAUCAUCUGGUUGUUCAGCUAUGACACACACCUGGAUCAGAUCCUUGACUAUCUGGCGUACACAGGCUUGGCUCUGUCUCUGUUUCUUGUUGUACGUGGAGCUGCAAACUGGUUCAUCAUGUUGGGGCUGUGGGUGAUUUACCACUCCAUUGUCAACGUUGGACAAAAAUGGUACAGCUUUGGUUGGGAGAACCAGAUGCUUGAGACGGCAUUCCUGACGGUGUUCCUGUGUCCCGUUUGGAGCCUGUCAUCCAUUCCACGGCACACGCCAACAUCUCUCGUUGUCAUCUGGGGACUUCGCUGGCUGCUGUGCAGACGGAUGAUCGGAGCGGGAUUGAUCAAGAUAAGGGGAGACAACUGCUGGAGAGAUCUUACUUGUAUGAAUUAUCACUAUGAGACCCAGCCAGUGCCGAACCCCCUGAGUUACUACCUGCAUCAGUCUCCCGAGCUGAUACACAAGAUGGAGACACUCAGCAACCACUUCAUCGAACUUGUGGCACCAUUCUUCCUGAUCCUGGGACGGAGAAUGACCAUCAUUGGUGGAGGAAUACAGAUCUUCUUUCAGGUUGUGUUAAUCACCAGCGGUAACCUCAGUUUUCUCAACUGGUUGACCAUUGUUCCUAGCCUGGCAUUCUUUGAUGAUCGCAGUUUAAGUUGGAUGUUCUCUGGGGGUUCUUGGUCUGUCAAGUGUCAGGUAGCCCAAAUACAACACCAGACUGAAACUGGAUUAGUUACGAAAGACAGCUCACUGAGACGUAUGUUCAACAUCGCCCUGGGCUGUCUCAUCCUGAGUCUCAGUGUUCCUGUUGUCCAGAAUCUCUUCUUCUCCAAGCACCAGGCUAUGAACAAAUACUAUGACAGUCUGAGGCUUGUCAAUACAUAUGGCGCUUUUGGGAGCAUAACAAGGGAACGAACAGAGAUCAUACUGGAAGGGACCUCGAGCAGUGACCCGAACGACCCCAGUGCCAAGUGGCUGGAGUACGAGUUUAAGUGUAAGCCUGGCAACAUCAGGCGGCGGCCGUGCAUUAUCUCCCCUUACCACUACAGGAUGGACUGGCUCAUGUGGGUCGCAGCCUUACAGGGCCAUAAGAAGCAUCCCUGGCUGAAGCGCUUCAUCCUCAAACUGCUAGGCAAUGAUGAGAAUGUGAUGUCCUUGAUUGCUUAUAAUCCUUUUGAAGGUCACCAGCCACCCAGAUUUAUCCGAGCUGAGAUAUAUAGGUACACCUACACUAAGGUUGGAAGUCGAGAAGCCGAGUCUGGUGCAUGGUGGGUCAGGAAACACGUGGGAACCUACCUCCCAGCGUUGCCUAGCAACAUUGUACAGAGUGCUGGGAGACAAGAUAUGCCUUCAGUCAAGAUGAAACUGUAACCAUGACAACGCAUAUUCAGUGUGAUAGACAAAUCAUGUUAAUUUAUUUAUAUUUAUGUCAAUAAAUAUUGAU